CCUCCCUGUGCUCCAGAGCCCUCCUCUGUGUGUAUACCCAGGUAAAAUCCUGGAACAGAGUUCGAAGUGCCAUUCAUCCUGCAGGAUCUGCUCUGAUAGAACACGGGACAGGCGGCUCUCUUGCCUCUUGGAGGGUAUGAGCUGCCAAGCAUUUGCUUCCUCAGACACCUUUGUGCCCUUGAAUUCUGACUCUUCUCCCUCUCUGCCUCUGAUAAUGCACCACAGCGCUGCAGAGUGCCUGCAGGUCUCCAACCAUGCCACCAAUGUUGUGUCUACAGGCCUUCACUACUCCGUGCCCUCCUGUCACUAUGGGAAUCAACCUUCCACCUAUGGGGUGAUGGCAGGCAUCAAGCCUGCAACUCCAGAGAUGCUCUCAGCAAGUCUCUCCCAGACUCGCAUCUUACAGACAUGCAGCAUGCCCCACCCCAACGUGGUAAAUGGUGUCAGCACCUUGCAAAGUGGUCUGACCCCUUGCCUCUACAAAUUCCCGGAGCACGCGCUGAGUGCCAGCUCCUGUGCCCUGGGCCACGGCUUCACCCCCAUGCCCCAGUCCCUCCUCGCGGACGAUCCCGCUGCCACGGACUUCAAGCAGGAAUUCCGCAGGAAGAGCAAGUCUGUGGAAGAGCCCGUGGACAUGGACUCCCCUGAAAUCAGGGAGCUGGAGAAAUUUGCCAAUGAGUUUAAGCUGCGGAGAAUUAAGUUGGGUUAUACACAAACCAACGUUGGAGAAGCGCUGGCUGCUGUGCACGGCUCUGAGUUCAGCCAGACGACGAUUUGCCGGUUUGAGAACUUGCAGCUGAGCUUCAAGAACGCGUGCAAACUGAAAUCCAUCCUGUCCAAGUGGCUGGAGGAAGCAGAACAAGUGGGAGCUUUGUACAAUGAAAAGGUUGGAGUGAAUGAGCGGAAGAGGAAGCGCAGAACCACCAUAAGUAUCGCUGCCAAAGAAGCCCUGGAGAGGCACUUUGGAGAACAAAGUAAGCCUUCUUCUCAGGAAAUCGUGAGGAUGGCUGAGGGGCUCAAUCUUGAGAAAGAAGUUGUGAGAGUUUGGUUUUGCAACAGAAGACAAAGGGAAAAAAGAGUGAAGACCAGUUUACACCAGAACACCUUUAGUUCUAUUAUCAAGGAGCACCACGAAUGCCGGUAAAGCUUUUCCAUGUACAGAUAUGGAUGUUGGUUUUGCUUUUUGUAAGUAUUUUAAGUACUAUGCUUGUGGAAGACCCAAGUUUAGUGUGUAAGGUUGGAAACUAAAUCCUAGAGUGUCUGUUUAAAGAUUUGGAGGUCUUUGCAAGGAAUCUAUCACACAUUGUUCAACUAGAAACGCUUCCCGAAUUUCACAGGUAGCUGCAGCUUCCCUGCGCUGUGCCUUUCUUGCCUCUGUGGUACAAGUUAAUGACUAAAUGUAUGUGUGUUGUACAUGGAGAGAGGUUGCAAAGCUCAGUGUCAGCAGCUGUAGCACGGGAAGGAUUUUGCUGUCAUUAAUUGAGGCAGUGUGAGCUCACCAGGACAGAGGUGUCAUGCUGCUCCUGCUGGGUGCUCUGUCUCAGCCCAACAUUUGACUGCCUUGAAUGAUUGUCAAGUAGAAGAGGCUUUGUUAAUGCUUGUUAUCAAAGGUAAUCCUUGCUAAGUUGUUAUGUGCCUCAAAGUUUGGUUUGGAUAGGCUUAGCUAUAAAAACAGGAAUACAGAUUUACCUGACCUUAAGGCUUUGUGGCCUGAGGGGAAGAAAAAUAAUUAUCAGGGGUUUUAUUACAUUGGGCUUUCUCUGCGUUGUACUUUUUUCUGAUUAAAACCAUGUGUGUACAUACUUACACCGGAGAUGGUGUGUUAAGCUAAAAAGCAUCCAAGAGAAGAAUUUAUUGCACUGCACAUUCCCACUCUAUAUUACACCCCACUAAUUGAAAAUAAUCCCUUAUUUGUCAUCCUCUAGCCUAGAGAGAGAAUUGAGGGAAAAAAAUACCAGUGUCAGAGCUCCACCUAUCAGGCAGGCUCUAAGAAAACUGAAUUAAUGACUGUAGUAGUCACCAGGGAUAGAUUAUCCAGCCAUCUCAUCAGCCCUGCUCAUUGUUAUGGGAAUUAGCCCAUUACUGUAUAAGUAUUUUGAUUGUUUUCCCAGGACUGAAAUUAAGUGAGUACACGCAAGUCGUACUGGCCAGAUACAUUUUAUUUUUCCAUAAAACAAACCUGAUGAUUUAGAAAAUGUCUAUAUAAUAGGCCCACAGAAAGCCAAAGGAGUUUAAUGUUCAAGACCACUUAGAAGCAGCAUGUACAAGUUAAGUGUUCACUCUCUAGUGUACAUUAAAUUAUCUCUGAUACUUACUACAGUGACCGUAAGCAUAUUCAGCUGUGGAAAUCAGGCUCCUGCAAUUCUAAAAAAAUAUUUUUUUAUGGAUGAAUGAACCACUCUAAGCCCUUAAUUGAGAAGAAAGCCUCAGUUUAAUAACUCAAAGGGGAGAAACUGUGGCUAUGUGCUCUCCUCAGGCUGCUCUUAUCACUAGCACAGCUCACCCACUACAGCAGAGACCAGGGUGUAGAGUUUAUCCACCACAGGUUAUCAGCAGAUCAUGAACUUCACACAGGAUGGAAGUAAGUUCAGCUGAGAGGAUUAGCACUCAGCAAAGGUGGUGGCAUGCAUUUGUGUACCUUUCAUGUGAUGUAGUGAAAUGUUAUGUACGUUGAAGUUACUAUCUGAUAUAUAUAAACUUUAUUUAUGUUCUAAAUUAUUUUCUUAAUUAUAAAAGGUUUCCAAGAGAUGCUGUCAGCCUGUACUUCCCAACCUCCCCAUCCAAUAAAGUAUUCCUAUACAUUUGGCA